UGUCAACUUCAACGUCAGAAAAGGUUAUUGGUGUGUUAUUGGUUUUAAAACUGAUUGUAAACAAAUUACAGAUGCUGGGUAUGGAUAGCUGCAAACAAAUAAAUAGAAGUGGAAAAUGAAUCAGUACCAAAGCAACCGACGUUGAUACGGGUUGUCCAUACUUGUAACGGUUGAAUCUAAAUGAAAACAACUAAAAAUGAGCGCUUCAUAUACUGAAUUGACAUUUGUUGGAUGUAUUUUAUUCCUGCCUUUUUUAUACGAGUCUAGUCAGAGAUUCCGGUAUUACUUGAAAUUUUUUCUUUACUAUAGUAUCACUAUCCUUCACAGUAUUCUCCUCAUACCAGUAUUUUGCUUCAGGCCAAAAAAUGUUCAAAAUCUUUUAAUUGCCUCAUAUUUUUGCAAAAGAAUAUCAAAAAUAAUUGGUCUCAAUUGGAUUCUACAAGGAAAGGAGCAACUAGAAAAAGAUCAAGCAUGUAUAAUAGUGUCAAACCAUCAAAGUUCCAUUGAUAUAUUAGGUAUGUUCGACAUUUGGCGAAUAAUGGGCAAGUGUACUGUGAUAUCAAAGCGAGAAGUAUUGUUUUACUCGGGUCCGUUUGGACUUGCCGCCUGGCUGUGUGGACUGAUCUUUAUCCCGAGGAUGCAAUCGGACAAAGCGAAAUCUAUUAUGAAUAAUGCCGUGGAGAAUAUUAAGCGAGACAAGAUAAAGCUGUGGGUAUUUCCCGAAGGAACGAGAAGAAAUGAAGGCAAGAUCCACCCAUUCAAAAAAGGAGCAUUCCAUAUGGCUAUAUCGAAUCAGUUGCCUAUUUUGCCUCUAGUUUAUAGCAGAUAUUAUUUUUUGGACAAGGAAGUGAAAAGAUUUGAUCAUGGUCAAGUGAUUAUACACGUUUUGCCUCAAGUAGAAACGAAAGGUUUGACUAUAAACGAUAUAGAUACUUUAAUGGAGAAAGUGAAUCGAGAUAUGUCUGAAAAGUUCGCUGAAAUCAGUAAGGAAGUAACUUCGUGCAAUGUUUAAUCACUGAUCCAGGAGGUUAUAUGAAUGUACUCAUAAUUUUUUUGACGUACCAAAGAUACCAUUGAUGAUAUAUACACGUAUAAUGCCAUUAGAGUAUUUAAACAUGUUUAUACAUAACGUACAUUCUAAUUAAGUAAGGUAUUAGAAGACAUUUAGCGAUGUUUUUUGGUGCACGCCAUCACUAUAGUUUAAUAAUAAGUGAGAGAGAAGUUUGAAUCAGAGACAAGUUGUUUCACACUGUGGUUAUUUAAUUAUUUUGAGUAGCAUAUAAGUGAAGGACAAUGCAAUACUAAGACAAAGUAUUGUUCUGUUGUGAUUGAUUCAAAUUGCUAUACACGACAGCUGUGAAGCUCUAAUAAAACAUCACUGAGAUCUCAAAAAACAGCAAACAUCAAACUAUGCAUUUGCCCUUAAAACAGAAAAAUAUUUUCAGCAGACUGAUCGCGUACCUAUCGGUCGCAUUUGCCGUGUGCCACGGUAUUGUAAAUAUUACAUCUUUGGUAGCAGAGCUGAGGGAGUACUAAGAGCAGGUAACACACUGCAAUAUGCACAUACCAGGUGGGUGCGAUAUUAUCUAUAUAUGCAGUGUGUCUCACAUUCGAUUCUCUAUACAGGGAUCUCGACUCCUGUUAUACCUACCGCAAAGGUUAAAUGGGUAAAGUUUUAGAUGAAACUUAGUGCAUUCGAUUGCCUGCUCCAGAUUUACGAUCGGUCAAUUGGUUUUGGAAAUAUCGGUGAAAAACCGAAAAUGUUUUUUGCCAAUAAAUCCGAAGCGGUUAAUUUGACAGCUUUCAAAAUGUGACAUUAUUCGGACAUUUUUAAGGCAAAUAAGAUAGCGUGUGUGACAUGCCUCAAUAGUCUUUUGUUUUCCGGCAGCAUUUUUCUUAUGGCUGCCAUAUUGUUUUUUGAUUUUUGAAAAGCGCGUAAAAUUUCCAGCCUAUUGAUGUCUCACAAGUGCAUAAAAUAUAUAUUGGAGUAUUAUCGAAAUAUCAUCACACGUAAUGUUAUGUAUUAUUUUUUUUCUAAGGAGGCGAUGAUUUAUUUGUCAGAAAAUAAAAUUAAUAAGUAACGCAUUUUUUAUCUAAGGUGGAUCUGACUUUGACGUUAAAUAAUUCAAAGUAUUAAAAUUGUGUUUUAAUAAGUAGUAGGUACGUUUUCUCUCAUUAAAAUCAUAAAUCUGACAAAUAAAUUGUCAAAACCUGUUGAAAAUGACCGGUAUUUCCUACUCAAAUGAAGAAAAGCUUUACAUGUUAGCGCAGCACUUGCAGUCACACAGAAACGCCGACAUUACCUGAGCAAGGUACUUAGAGAUGUACCCCGAACGACGGCAGCUUCAUAAAACCUAAUUUAGAAAAUAGUAGUUAAUUUAAUAAACGAUUGGGCCUUCGAACAACCUAGAAGCGGAUACAGUACCGUAAAGUUGGGUUACUUUGCUCCAAUUUUAAGAUGAAUUUAACAAAUCUGUUUAGAAAAAAUGAAAAAGGAUAUAAAAAAACCCCAGAAUACCAGACGAUUGCAAAUAUAUGUCUGUUAAUUAGGUUAAUGUGGAUUUUUUUAUAAAAAAAUAAUUGUAUGUAUUUUUUUUAAUUGUUUAAAAGUGGCGCAAACCAUACCAAUGAGUGGGGUAACUUUGCUCCACCAAUUUCAACUAAGUGUAACUAAUGCUAUACAAAUAUAUGGUGCAAAGUACCUACAUUAGUAAAAAUGUAUGGCUUCAAUUUGUAUCCAAAUUUUUUUUAAACAGUUUUUAUUAUUGAAAAACUUAAUAAAUACAAAUGAACAGUGCUUAUUUCUAAAAAAUCGCAAUUAAACGAAACAAACAAAAAAAGGAAAAAUUGUAGUUUAAGUGUAACUUCAAAUAUUAAGACUAAAACCACGAGGAUUUUAACUCUGGAACAUCUUAAGGUCCCCUCUUAGAAAUCUGAACAGGAGGUUUUAUGGAUCCUAAUACGUCGUGCCAGGGGUAGGUCAUUUCUUCUGGUUUUUGUGGCCACUUCCAGGAUUUGAAAGAUUUUUCCAUAGCUUUAAUUGUUACGUAUAUAUCUGUAAAGCUUACAAUUUGACCUGGGUAGUUUUCUCCUUCAUAUGAAAAAACCACAAAUUGCCCAAUUUCCCUCAAAACCUCUGAAAAUGUUAAUUUCUUUUUCGCUGAUGGUUUGCCAUCGAUGUAGUCCGUGAAAGCUUUUUCUUCUUCCUCUUCUCUUACGAUUUCAUCAAAAUCAUCAGAUGAAUUAUCAGUAAACAUUACUGGACCAAUGUUCUCUUUUGGUUUGGAAGUCAUGGGUUCAUCUGGCACAUUUGUAUCUGUACCAUCGACGUCAGCGCAGACACUUUUGCCGCAGGGACAUUUAACUUCUUUUUACGUGCCUUGACAACAACUGUUGAUUCAGAUCUUCUGUCGUGCAAAUUUUGGAGAAAGGCGGAGUGAACUUCAUUUGGAUUACAAGUAUUUCUAGGAAUGCGGCCUAAAAGUUCAUCUACAUUUAUUGGAUGAAUGCCACACUCACGAAAACCAGAUUUUAAGUUAUCUGCAAUAUUAGGUUCAAGAACUUGUAGCAUUUUACUUAAUAAUGGUAGAAACUGCUGCUUUUGAACAGUAACGCUUCGGAUACCUUCAGGGGAAUCUUUCCAUUCGGAGAGAACUUUCCUCCAUGCACUUUUAAGCGGUCUGAACAUGGCUACAUCAAUAGGCUGGGUCAAAUGGGUACUGUUAGCAGGUAAGCAUAUAAGGGUGAUUUGGUUUUUCCGACAAAGCUGUCGUGGGUCCACAGUAAUAUGGGACGAAAUAUUGUCAUAUAUCAAGAUGUUUAUACCUUCUAAUUAUUUGAGCCGAGGCACCAUUUGAUUUCUGAGCCAGUCGUUAAAAAUUGCAGCAUCAAACCACCCACUAGCGCUUCCGUUAUACCUGCAACCUUUCGGGCCGUUUUCUGCCCACGUAGUCCACAUAUGUUGAGCUCGAUAAACCACAUAGAGCGUGAGAAGCUCUCCAACAGCAUUUCCAGAAAACAACCGAAACAGAAAAUUUCGAGGCAUUUCUGAUAGUCUCUGGGUAUUUUCAACCUUUUUUAACCAAAACUGUCUUUUUCCCUGGAUCGUCCACUAAAUUAGUCUCGUCAAAGUUCCCUAUGUUUUCUGGUGGAACGUCUCUUGUUUCUUCGUGUAAAUUUUCGAUAAAGCUUCUCAGAACCCGUUCAUCUACUGCAGCUCUGGUUCUUUUUACAUUUUCUGCAAAUCUUUCUGAAAGCCGUGGAUGAAGCUUUAAAAAUGAUUUAACCCAUUCUCGCCCAGGGAAAUUAUUCUGAAAAUAUUUAACUUGUCUUCCAGCCUGAUCCAGAUAGUUUUUCAUAAUGAUUUGAAGUUCUCUAACAUUUAUGGGAAAACCGAACUCUCCCAUGAAGAUUAUACAAUUCUCAAACUGAUUUUCUUCAUGUGCGUUAAACACUGGUUGUUUUCCAAAUGGUUUCAAGUGUUUUCCUUUCAAUUUAUUGUAAAUUGUUCUUUUUGGAAUGUUCUAUUUAGCCUCUGCGUGUCUAUGUGAAAGUUUUCCAGCCCUCACUUCAGCCAAACAUGCCUCAAGUGCUUCAUUGCUAUAGUCGCUGUAUCUUCUUGAGCCCAGUUUUCUUUUGUAUUUUCUGGCCAUCUCUAUAACAAAAAAAUUAAAAAACAUCAUACUUCGCUCAACUUAUAAGAAAAGUAUGUGACAAUAGUUAAAAAAAAUACGAGGGAUACUUUGCGCCACAAAUCACGUGGAGCAAAGUAUCCCCAACUUUGCAAUAUUUUGGCACAUUUUGAAUAAUUAUUUUUUAAAAGACUAAGUGCCUUGUUUUGAAAUAAAAUAUUGUUGUUAUUCUCUUAAAAAUGCAUUAAAGAUGUAAUAAAACAAUAUUUUCCUGAUUUACGUCAAAAGAUGCACAAGAUAUCAACAGAUUUUUGCAGAGCACUGGUUACACUGAUUUUACCGGGAUAACUGACUUCUGCACCAGAACGUGAUAGAAAUACUUAAAACGCCUUAAUUUAACAGUUGAAUUAUAUGCAACCUUCAUUACAGCCACGAAACUGCGUGGGUUGCUUUACUGGUUUUCUAUAGAUUAUCAUUACAAACUUUUUUCCAAGUGGAGCAAAGUAACCCCACUUUACGGUAUUGAAAAUAAAAACCGCAACAGAAACAUUUUAUAAGCUGUCGACGAAGUUCCUAUUCCACCAGUAAGAUCUAUAGAACGAGAAAUUGGUGUGUCAACAUCAACAGUACAGAAAUCAAAUUCAAGCGGAUAACCAAAUGGAAAUGGAAUCAGCUGUUAUAUGUCAUAGUUAUCACCGCAAAAUUGUGGUAUUUACCCAACUCAAGAG